AUGUUCGGUGCCUUGCAACGAUCCGUCCGAAUUCAAGGGCGACGAACGCUCACAACACAGCCCAUUAUCCCAAAGAUUACUGAGCGACGGCUCAAUGAGGAAGGUGCUGGAGGUCGAGCUUCCAACGCUGGAUUGAAGGUAGCAGUCUUUGGAGCAACUGGAUUUCUUGGAAAGCACGUUUGCUAUCAACUAGGCAAGAAUGGGGCAUAUGCAUACAUUGGAAACCGAGGUGAUGAAGCCGAGCACCGUGAUAUCAAGCCCAUGUUUGACUUGGGGCACCUUCGUUUCUGCUUUUACAGUCCUCGCGAUGUCGAUUCCAUGAGAAACGUGAUCGCGGAUGCCGACAUUGUCAUCAACUUGAUUUCCAAGCAUUACGAAACCCACCAACCUAUCCAAACAGACAAAUUCCCAUUCGUUGGAAUGCAAAAGAACUAUUCUUUUGAAGAUGUCAAUGUUGGAAUCGCUAGUCAAAUUGCGGAACUUUGCGUGGAAAUGCAAGUGGAUCACUUGAUUCAUCUUUCCGCUGCCGGUCUCGACCCCGAUCACCCAUCGGAAUGGGUCCGAACCAAAUACGCGGGAGAACAAGCGGUCCGCGAGAUUUAUCCAUGGGCUACCAUUGUUCGUCCCACACAACUUUUUGGAACGGAAGAUAAAUUCCUUCACUACUUUGCCAACAUGGCCAAGUUUUUCCGAAUGAUUCCAGUUCCCAAGGGUGGCCAAUCCCUCACUCAACCAGUGUGGGUUGUUGAUGUGGCAAAGGCAAUUCACAGAAUCACCGAUGAUCCAGAGAAGUUCGCAGGACGCACACUUGACUUUUUUGGACCAUCUGAUUACUCUCAUGAAGAAUUGGCAAAGUUUGUUUUGGACAUUGCCGAAUUGGAUAGACCCAUUGUCAAGUUGCCAGAUCCAGCAUUUGACAUGAUGGCCAAAUUUUUGGGCAACCAAGAACUUGUCUUGAUGAACGACGACGUUGCCAAGAUCUGGUCACAAGAUUUUCUUCCCGGCAUGACCGCCGAGCAAUACAAGACACAAGAAGGUGAUGACAAGAUUCUGACACUGGAAGAUCUUGGAAUCACAGCUACUGGCAUUGAAAAGGAAGCCUUUUCCUAUUUGCACAGAUUCCGAGAGGCCGGUCACUUUGGCCGUGUCACUGGAUACCAUUAG